ACUCUAAUGUUCCUCCAAUUUCAUUUAAAAAAACUAACGAGCAACAAACCUUAUCUUGAAGACUAGAACUGAUAAUAUCCUACUCUUAAAGCUCUUCGUCUUCCCCUUCCAAAAACCAUCAAACACCAUGAACAAUCGCAUACUCAACCAAAAAUUCCCCAAUUCAGCAUCCCCAAUUUUCCAAUUCCGUAAACCUAAACCCUUUCUCUCUCCUAAAUUGCCGUCCUCUUCCUCCAAUUUCUAUCUCUUGCGCUCUCUUCUUCUUCAUCAAACUUCCAUUAUCAAGGUUAAUCGGGAUAUGAAUACGAAUAAAAUAGUUGAUCCGUUUGGAAUUGAGUCCUAUGAUGAUGAUUUGGUAAUUGAAGCUUCUCUUACUCGAAUUCUUCCACCUGCGUUGACGUUGGAGCAUGGAAUUGUAGCUUUGAAGGAUGCGUUGCAGGAAUUUAAGCUUCAUCCUCCUUCUUCUUCUAGUGGAUUGAUUAGAUUUCAGGUAGCUGUGCCCCCUAGUGCAAAUUCUUUGAACUGGUUCUGUUGUCAGCCUGAGUCAACUGGAGUGUUUCCUCAGUUUUACAUUUCCAAGCAAUUAGAUGAUCCAACUUGUGAGUCAGCUUCAUAUAACAAGACUCGUGGGGUUUUUGGUAUUGGCGCUGCAGUUUCUUUUCUACAGUCACCCUCUAAAACCAAUGAAUGGAAUUCAUUUAGAAGAUAUCUCUUGGUCGAUUCAUUCGAUAUAACAGCUUAUGGCUUCAUUGAUGUCAAUUAUGACGUUAAAUCAUCUUUAAUGACGCAUGAGAAUGGUUCAAUGUACUUUUUAGUUCCUCAGAUAGAGCUGAAUGAAUGUGAAGACUACUGCUUAUUAGCUGGAACACUAGCUUGGAGUGAAUCUUUGUUGUGUAAUUUUGAGCAAGCCUUAUACUCUUAUGAGAUAUCUCUCUUUCAGGCAAUCAAUCAUAUACCAGCUCCACUGGAGAACUGUUGUACAAACUUCAUACAUUCUACUGUGCAAAAGUUCAAUAUGGUUGAGGAUGAAAAAAUGGAAAUGGUUUACGUGGAAGCCUCAAUAUUAGGAAAUUGCAAUAGCGCAGCUAGUGUUGUGGAAAUGGUAUCCCCUUCUUCCUGUAUAUCUUCUUCACGUCAAUUUUGCAUAAGACUUUCCCAAGAAAGUGCAGUUUCUAAAAAUAUGUUGGAUGAUUCCAGUGAGACAAAUUCUAUCCUGCAAGAGUGUGCCAACAUCAAUUCUGUCUGGGCAUCACUUAUAGUUGAAGAAUGUUCUCGACUUGGCUUGACGUAUUUUUGUAUAGCUCCAGGAUCAAGAUCGUCUCCUCUUGCUGUUGCAGCAUCUACUCAUCCUCGCAUUACUUGUAUUGCAUGCUACGAUGAGCGAUCACUUGCUUUUCAUGCCAUUGGCUAUGCCAGAGGGUCUCAGAUACCUGCUGUUGUUAUUACGACGUCUGGAACUGCUGUUUCAAAUCUUUUCCCUGCUGUUGUGGAGGCUAGUCAAGAUUUUGUACCUCUAGUACUUCUCACUGCUGAUCGCCCAUCAGAGUUGCAUGCAACUGGAGCAAAUCAAGCAAUAGACCAGGUGAACCAUUUUGGUUCUUAUGUGAGAUUCUUCUUCAAUUUUCCGGCACCAACUGAUACUAUUCCUGCAAGAAUGGUUCUCACAACUGUUGAUUCUGCUGUGUAUUGGGCUACCUGCUCACCACGUGGUCCCGUUCAUAUCAAUUGUUCUUUCCGGGAACCACUGGAAAAUAGUCCAAGAAAUUGGAUGAGAAGCUGUUUUGAUAAAAUGGAUUCCUGGAUCUCAAGCACUCAACCUUUUACUAAAUAUAUCAAAGUGCAACCUCAUGCACACAACGCCACAAAUGUCUUAACAGCUGAGGUUGAAAAGGUGAUUAAGAAUAGUAAGCGUGGGCUUUUAGUGGUUGGUUCAAUACACAGCGAAGAGGAAAUGUGGGCUACUCUUUUAUUAGCUCGGCAUCUUUCUUGGCCAGUUGUGGCAGAUAUUUUGUCAGGCUUACGGUUACGAAAGUUAUUAACUACGCAUCGUGAAUAUGAGGCGAAUUUUCUUUUUAUUGACCAUUUUGAUCAUGUGCUGCUCUGUGAUGCAGCCAGGCAAUGGGCGGAAUUGGAUGUAAUUAUUCAGAUUGGGAGCAAAUUAACAAGCAAUCGGAUUUCUAAAUUUUUGGAAGAAAGCUUUCCUUGCUCGUAUAUUUUGGUUGACGGGCAUCCUUGUCGACAUGAUCCCUCACAUAUAGUGACCCACAGAAUUCAGAGCACAAUCUCUCAAUUUGUUGGAUGUCUGCUGAAAGGUACCUCUCAAUGUACACACAGAAAAUGGAACAGAUUUUUGCAAAUCGUGGAUUCUGCGGUGAGCUGGGAAUUAUCAUUCCAGAUCUGCUCUGAGUAUUCACUCACUGAACCUUAUGUCGCCCAUUCAAUUUCAGAAGUAAUUGUCUCUGAAAGUGCUUUGUUCAUUGGAAACAGUAUGGUUAUUCGUGAUGCUGACAUGUAUUCUCAAGGUGUUGUAAAUUGCACCAAUGAAACCUCUCAGUUAUUAUUACCAUGUCAAUCAAUACACAUCGUGGGCAAUAGGGGAGCUAGUGGUAUUGAUGGUUUGCUGAGUACAGCAGUUGGUUUUGCUGUUGGAUGCAAGAAAAGAGUAUUGUGUAUAUUAGGAGAUGUUUCUUUUCUUCAUGAUACAAAUGGGUUGGCAAUCUUGAGCUCAAGGAUGAGGCGAAAACCUAUUACAAUACUUGUCAUAAACAAUCAUGGUGGUGGGAUCUUUAAAUUCCUUCCGAUCGCAGAAAAAACUGACACGGAGAUUUUGGAGAAGUAUUUUUACUAUGAUCAUAGCAUUUCCUUCAGCAAGUUGUGCGCUGCUCAUGGUGUGAAACAUCUAUUGGCAGAGACAAAAUUGGAACUUCAUGAAGCUUUAUUGAACUCUCAAAAAGUUGACACAGAUUGUGUCAUAGAAGUCUCAGGAUCAAUUAACAGCAAUGCGGACUUUCAUAGUCUGUUGAAAACAUAUGCUACUCAAGCAGCUUCUCAUGCUUUGACUACUCUCUUGCAACUUUCUACUCCAGAAAGUGCUGAAGAUGAUUUCUUCAAUACGAUCAUAAAACUGGAAUACUCGUUAUAUGGUGUCUAUUUCCAUGUGAAUUAUGAUUGUUACAGAGUCAACCUAGCUGCUCCACCAACAUCCGUUCCUCUCCACAGUAUUUCAUCAAAUUUUGUUAGACAAGGGUUCGUUUUAGCUUUAACUCUUGAUGAUGGGAGUACUGGGUUUGGUGAGAUUGCGCCUCUUGAAAUUCAUGAAGAAAAUUUGCAAGAUGUAGAAGAACAAUUGCGUUUUCUUCUUCAUGCCUUAAAAGGAGCUAGAAUCUAUUAUGACCUCCCCUUGUUGAGAGAGUCAUUUUCUCUAUGGAUGCAGAAAGUUAUUGGUAUUCCGCCUGGAUCAAUAUUCCCAAGUGUUCGAUGUGGCCUAGAAAUGGCUACUUUAAAUGCUAUAGCUGCAAGGCAAAAAUGCUCUUUGCUUGAUGUACUUUGGCCUCAACCACAUCAAGACAAUGUCAUACACCAGCAGCCACAAAGCAUUGAUAUCUGUGCCCUUGUUGAUUCGGAAGGGAGUCCACUAGAAGUGGCAAAUACUGUUGCUGCACUUGUCAAAGAGGGAUUUCGCGCAGUAAAAGUGAAAGUGGCCCGUAGGGAUGAUCCAAAGGAUGAUGCUGCAGUCAUAAAGGAAAUACGAAGAAGGGUUGGCAUUGAAGUUGAACUUCGUGUGGAUGCUAAUCGGAAAUGGACCUAUGAAAAAGCCAUCGAAUUUGGCUCCCUUGUAAGGGAUUGUGGCUUGCAAUAUAUUGAGGAACCAGUUCAGUAUGAAGACGAUAUUGUGAGGUUCUGUCAGGAAACCGACCUGCCUGUUGCACUAGAUGAAACUAUUGACAGAAUUCAAGGAAAUAUUUCUGAUUUUUUAGCCAGAUUCACACAUCCAGGAGUGGUGGCUCUAGUGAUAAAGCCAAGUGUUGUUGGUGGCUUUGAAAAUGCAGCUUCAAUUGCAUGGUGGGCUCAUAGCAAGGGAAAAUUGGCUGUUGUCAGUGCAACCUUCGAAACUAGUCUCGGUUUGUCUUCAUAUGUUCAGUUUGCAUUUUAUCUUGAUAUGAGAAGUGCAGAAAUAUCUCGAGCAUUAGAUAAGACACUGGCAAAAUGUGUUGCUCAUGGUCUUGGAACAUACAAAUGGCUUGUAGAAGAUUUAACACUUAAUUCUCUAGUCAUAUCUCGACAGCCAAAAAGUAGGUAUUUGGGUGCUUCAAUUCAAGAUGCUGAUCGUGUCCUCAACAAAUUUCAAAUUAACUGCAGUACUAUCUCAAAAAGGUCUAUCGAAGAGCAUAUAUCUACAUAUCAACUUAUUGUGAAAGUAGAGGAUUAUUCUUAUGUUAUCAAAGUGCAAGAGAUUGGAGAAACCAGAAAUAACAAUGCACUUCUAUUUCUUCAUGGUUUCUUGGGAACUAGUGAAGACUGGAUUCCUAUCAUGAAAGCGGUCUCGGGUUCUGCUAAAUGUUUUGCAGUUGACCUUCCUGGUCAUGGAAAAUCAGGAAUACAGUCGGGUGAUAGUGUCAAUCUGACUGGAGGGCUGAGUUUAUCCAUUGAAGUUGUUGCUGCAAUAUUGAACCAGUUGAUAGAUAAACUUUGCACACAGAAAAUCACACUUGUUGGUUACUCUAUGGGAGCCAGGAUAGCAUUGUACAUGGCAUUGAGAUUCCCUGGCAAGAUUGAUGGAGCUGUAGUGAUUUCUGGAAGUCCUGGUUUGAAGGAUGAGACAGAUAGAAGGAUCCGUGCAGCUAAAGAUGAUUCUCGUGCACGCACACUCAUUUCCUUUGGUUUGGCGUCUUUUCUGGAAAACUGGUACCGUGGGGAUUUGUGGAGAAGUUUUAGGGAACACCAAUUUUUCAAGAAAAUGGUUACAAGUCGCUUGGAGCAUGAUGAUAUUCAUGGUCUUGCAAAAGCUUUAUCUGAUUUGAGUAUAGGAAGGCAACCGUCACUCUGGGAUGAUUUGGAACAUUGCAGUGUACCACUUAUGUUCAUUGUUGGAGAAAAAGAUGUGAAAUUCAAGAAUAUUAGUCAUGAAAUCUUCCGGAAAUUAGGACCGACUUCAAAUCAUGAAGCAGUUGAAGUUCCUAACUCUGGACAUGCUGUUCACUUGGAAAAUCCUCUUGCUGUUAUUAGACUUGUGAGACAGUUUCUGACAAAAACAAAUCACCUGGAGAACUGAAAUUUUGAUGAUUUUGUUCAUUUUGUUUUUCGUGGGAUCAUAAGCAGUUUUCACAUCUUCAAUCCAAUAUACAAUUCAAUCAUUUUUGUAUUUAUCAUCGCGGAUUCAAUUGGUAAUUGUAAUGUCUGUCAAAAAAAACAUUACUAGUUUGAACUAUACUUGACACAAAAGAUACAUAUUCGUUUAUGUAUUUUCAUGUUCAAUUGCUCAAAGAAAAAACAUCAUGUGUAAUGGUAUACUAUUGUGCUUCUAUUAUUUAUAUCGAUUUCAUAAUCCCUUUCUUUGAUGAUGCUUUAAUACUUGCUGUUUCUUGCCUUUCAUUUUACUCUUCAAACUUUUUUACUAAAUUUUUGUCAUAGAUGUUUAUAUUAUGUUAUAAGACAAAUAGGGGACUCUCAAAAGACUAACCUAGUGGGAGGGAGUCUACUUAUCAAAAAACUCAUACUAAUUGCCCAUAUAACUAAUGUGACAAGUCUUGCAAUAGACCAUAACAAAUGACCCCAAAAGGCCAAUGUCGUCAUUGGCCACGACUAUGUUGGGUCACAGUCGGCUAUUUCAGGCCACCCACUUUAUAGGCUACAACUCCGAGUUUAACUCUAACAGAAUUGUUUUUGGGACAAAUAGGAGAUUUCUCCUAAAAGACUAGUCUAGUGACCCACAUCAAUUGCCCAUACAAUCAAUGUAAAAUGAGUUUUUGUGAUAAUUAUUUCAGUGUAAUUGUGAGAAUUGUUGUUUAAUUUAGGUAGGCAGGGGAUCUA